AUGUCUGAUGACAACGAGCCAUUGACUUCUAGCCAGCGACCGAUUCCAGACAUGUCGUCUCCAGAACGCGCGGCCGAGGAAGGACGAGCUGGUUCGCAGCAACACGCUCGUCACUCGCAUGGUCUUGGACACGACACGAAGGGGACACAUCUCUAUUCUGUGCUAGGCGUCGACAAGAAAGCAACUGAAGAGGAAAUCAAACGUGCGUACAGGAAGCUGGCACUCAAGUACCAUCCUGACAAAAACCUGGAUGGCGAUCCAGAAAAGACCGAAGUGGUUUAUGAUGAAAUGGGUGAUACUGGCCUGAAGUUAAUGGAACAGUUCGGGGAAGAUGAAAAAGUGUUGCAAUGGAUGCUGAAACCAUGUGGGUAUUCUUCGGAUUCGGGUUGCUUACGUGUGGAUUCUUCUGCUGUUGCUGUGGCUGCUUCUUCUGUUGCAAAUGUUGCUGCAAUUUCUGUUGUGGAAAGUAUGUGCCGAAAGAGGAUGAGCUAUGAGCCACCGAAUAUUGAUGACAUCGAAGUGGCCGAAGCUAAUUCGGCGACCCGAUCUGCUGAUGGUGCGACGGUGAUCACUUCACAACCCGCUGGUAGUCCUAAAGCAUCACCAAUACCGAUGCCUUCUUCAGCACAUGACUCAGCUGCCGAAACUUCUCCACGGUUGAAAGUUUCAAAUUCAAAUAUUAUUCGGUAUUGUAAUGAUAGCCUAAGCCGUAAUGGUGCUGAGAUAUUUGCAAAGCUUCGAGCCGCUGCUGUCUGCGGUGAAGGCUGA